GUUGCAGCCGCCAGAAAUGAUCCAAACUUUCUGAAAUCAAUGGUUACGGGUGAUGACACAUGAUGCUUUCGGUACGAUCCCACAACCAAGUGUGUCAAAGUGCGGAAUGGAAGUCGAAAAAUUCACCACAAGCCAGAAAAACACGAAACGUGCGUUCAAAAAUCAAGACAAUGUUAAUCACCUCCUUCGAUAGCAAAGGAAUAAAUCAUCCAGAAGGAAUUCGUUCCACUUGGCCAAAUAGGCACUGACAACUAUUAUCUCCAAGUUUUAAAGCGCUUGAUGGCCAGAAUCCCACGAUAACGCGCCAUCUGACAAUUCCCUAAUUGUUCGUCAAUUUUUGGCCUGAAAUAGAUUUUGUG